AUGGCUCCAAAAACACCAGCUGUUGCUGUUCAAAGCAAGAAAAAAAAGGAAGGCGUAAAAAAGGAAGCUAAGCCUGAAGCUUCUGAAACUACAACAACAACAAAAGUAGUAGUAUCAGAACCAACAACAACAAAAGAACCUGAAUCAUCAACUACAACUGAAAAAAAAAGAGGAAGAGGAAGACCAUUGUUAACGGAUGCUGAAAAGAAAGAAAGGAGUAUCCUCAGAAAACAGGCUUAUGACAAAAAAAGAGAACCCAAGAAGAAUAGAGAACUCACAAAUCCAUGUAUUCAAAGGAUAGCUCUCAAAGCUGGUGCUCACAGAGUCAAUAGUGGUGUUUAUGAUGUUGUCAGAACAGUCUAUAAUGAACUUUUGGAAGAUAUUCUCUAUCGUUCUGCUAUUUUUACUAUCCACGGAAACAGAGCCAUCAUUAAAGCCAAAGAUGUCGAGGGUGCCAUCACUAGUGAAUACUUAUCUAAAAUCCCAAGAAUUUAUCCAAAUGCAAAAGAUGCCGAAGCUUUGGCUUCUCUGACAAAGGAAGUUGGAAAGAAUGGCUCAAAGGAUUACGUUGCUCGUGAUGAUUCUGAAGAUGAAGAUGAGGAAGAAUAUGAACCUCAAAAGAAGAAGAAGAAGACUGUGAAGAAAGCUGCUGAAACUCAUAACGAUGAAGAAGAACACCAAGAAGAAGCUCCAGCCGAAGAAGAACAAGAACCAGAAGAGGAACCAGAAGAAAAGAAGCCAGCAAAGAAGUCUUCUAAGAAAUCUGAAAAGACUGAAAAGAAGUCUGAAAAGAAAACCAAGAAAUAGAAUUCACAAUAAAUGGAUUGUGUGAU